UGGCGGCGGCGUUGGUGGCGGCAGUGGACGGGGCGGCUGGGCCUGGAACAGUCGGAGCAUCCGCUGGCAGAAGGAUGACCCAAGACGGGAAGCGGGCUGCCGAGCCUCGCCGGCUCCCGUGUUUGUAACUGCCCCAGCCGGACGCCCUCCCCUUGACCUACCCGUUCUUCAGUGAACCUCCAGACCAAUUUUCUCAGGAGCUAAGCCUGGCCUUACAUCAGUGAUAAAAGGAGGAAAGGCUGGCUACAGCAAAUACCAUUUUCAAGAUGUCCAGCAAAGGGAGCAGCACAGAUGGCAGAACAGAUUUAGCUAAUGGAAGCCUGUCUAGCAGUCCAGAAGAGAUGUCUGGAGCUGAAGAGGGGAGGGAAACAUCCUCAGGUAUUGAAGUAGAGGCCUCAGACCUGAGUUUGAGCUUAACUGGAGAUGAUGGUGGCCCCAACCGCACCAGCACAGAAAGUCAUGGCACAGACACAGAGAGCUCAGGUGAAGAAAAGGACUCUGACAGCAUGGAGGACACUGGCCAUUAUUCCAUCAAUGAUGAAAACCGAGUUCAUGACCACUCAGAGGAAGAGGAGGAGGAACAGCCGCGGCACCGUGUACAGCGCAAACGGGCUAGCCGUGAGCAGGACUCAUCAGAUGAUGAGCGAGCCCUAGAAGACUGGGUAUCCUCAGAGACAACAGCUUUGCCCCGACCUCGCUGGCAAGCCCUUCCUGCCCUUCGGGAGCGGGAGUUGGGUUCAAGUGCCCGCUUUGUGUAUGAGGCUUGUGGGGCAAGAGUGUUUGUACAGCGUUUCCGCCUGCAACAUGGGCUUGAGGGCCAUACAGGUUGUGUCAAUACCUUGCACUUUAACCAGCGUGGCACCUGGCUGGCCAGUGGCAGUGAUGACCUGAAAGUGGUGGUGUGGGAUUGGGUGCGGCGGCAGCCAGUGCUGGACUUUGAGAGUGGCCACAAAAGUAAUGUCUUCCAGGCCAAGUUCCUUCCUAACAGUGGUGAUUCCACCCUGGCAAUGUGUGCUCGGGAUGGGCAGGUCCGAGUUGCAGAACUGUCUGCUACACAGUGUUGCAAGAACACAAAGCGUGUGGCCCAGCACAAGGGAGCGUCCCACAAGUUGGCCCUAGAACCAGACUCUCCCUGUACGUUCCUGUCAGCUGGUGAAGAUGCUGUUGUCUUUACCAUUGACCUGCGACAAGACCGGCCAGCUUCGAAACUAGUGGUGACAAAAGAGAAGGAGAAGAAAGUGGGACUGUAUACAAUCUAUGUGAAUCCUGCUAAUACCCACCAGUUUGCAGUGGGUGGACGAGAUCAGUUUGUAAGGAUUUAUGACCAGAGGAAAAUUGAUGAGAAUGAGAACAAUGGAGUACUGAAAAAAUUCUGUCCUCAUCACUUGGUGAACAGUGAGUCCAAAGCAAACAUCACCUGUCUUGUGUACAGCCACGACGGCACAGAGCUCCUGGCCAGUUACAAUGAUGAAGACAUUUACCUUUUCAACUCUUCUCACAGUGAUGGGGCCCAGUAUAUUAAGAGAUAUAAAGGUCAUAGAAAUAAUGCUACAGUAAAAGGCGUCAAUUUCUAUGGCCCCAAGAGUGAGUUUGUGGUGAGCGGUAGUGACUGCGGGCACAUCUUCCUCUGGGAGAAGUCAUCCUGCCAGAUCAUUCAGUUCAUGGAGGGGGACAAGGGAGGCGUGGUAAACUGUCUUGAGCCCCAUCCUCACCUACCUGUUUUGGCAACCAGUGGCCUAGACCAUGAUGUGAAGAUCUGGGCACCAACAGCUGAAGCUUCCACUGAGCUAACAGGGUUAAAGGAAGUGAUUAAGAAGAACAAGCGAGAACGGGAUGAAGAUAGCUUGCAUCACACUGACCUGUUUGAUAGUCACAUGCUUUGGUUCCUUAUGCACCACCUGAGACAGAGACGCCAUCAUAGGCGCUGGCGAGAACCUGGGGUUGGGGCAACAGAUGCGGACUCUGAUGAGUCUCCCAGCUCCUCAGACACAUCCGACGAGGAGGAGGGCCCAGACCGGGUGCAGUGCAUGCCAUCCUGAGGCCCCAAACAUAGGAGGGAUGGGCUGGGGCUGUCAGCCCAAUCCUGCCUGGGCAACUCUUUUUCGGUCCCAGGCCCUUACAUUCAACAGAAAUGCACUUUGGACUUUUGUUUAAAUAGAAGAUAUCUGAGGAGGACAGACCACAGGAAACUGAACCAGCAGAGAGCCCCUAGAAGUGAGAGAUGAGACCGAGCCCCUCUGAGGUUCUAUGGAAAGGUGCAAAGGACUCAGCAGAAAUGGGCCUCUCCCUGAAGCCCUAUGUUUAGGGGGAAAGAAACAAAGCCUUUUGUAAACUGGCUUGGAUAGAAAAUGGGGCUUAUUUUCCUUUAACCUCCCUUGUUUCUUUUGUGGGGGGGAGGGGGGAGGACUGGUUGUUCAGUACCAGUGGGCCAGAGAGAAAGGCAAGAAUGCCAUUCUCUUUGGCUUAGGUUUUUCACCUUUUCUUUCUUUUUUUUUCCCCUUUUAUUUUUUUGAGAAGUCAGGCAGUUCCUUUUUUUCUCUUCCUUUCUUUUUUGCCCCUGAGCAACCACAUCCCAGGGUCCUGUUUCUCUGGAAAAUCCUUAAGAGUCCCUAACCAUCCCAGUACUCUUCCCUUUCCACAACACUUAUUCUCUAUGUAUCACAGUGUUUUGCACUUGACUGUGUAUCCUUCACUUUCUCCUCUUCAUCCCAUCACCCUCUAAAUGGGGAUCCAUGAUGGAGGUUGUGGAGAAAUAGGAGGGGAAAGAGGUGGAAGAACAGGAAGAAGUUACCUCUUUUGUUUUUUGUGUUCAGUGGCAGCAAUUUCCCUGUCCCUAUCACUGUUAGAGGCCUAAUUUUAUAUCUACAAAUAUAUUAAAAAGCAAGUUAAACUUGGAUGUAUCAAGUUAAAAUUAUUGUCAAAAGUUUAAAUACCUAUAUAUUCUCUAUGAAUGCAAUGCAAUAAAGGGACUUAAAGGAAGAUUGAGCGAGAGUGGUGAUAUAGAGGUAAUACGUCAGCUUGUCGUUAUGUAUGGCUAUCAGAACCUAGGGCUUACUCUUAGGUUUUACAAGGCUCAACAAGAAAGGAUAUUUAGCUGUGCUCUUAUCUGCCUCGGUGCAGAGGUUUGGAAAAAAACAAGAAAUUCUUUUCAACUUUGCCUCAGGUCUCCUAAUUCCCUUAAGUUUUGUGGGGGCUCCCAAGAUUGCUCUUCUCAUUAGAGGCUGGCCUGUCUUUAAAACAUGACUGAAUUGUGACUUCAGGAAGGGCACCACUGCUACAGAGACUGUAUCCUGAUUCUUUGUGUGACAGAAAGCACACUUGCCUCCUCGCCUUUAGCUGCUUGAUUCUUUAAGCAUUCAAUUAUGCACCAGCUCCCUUCCUAAAGGAAGGAUGAAGGGAAACCUUCCAGGGAAUUGAGGGACAAGCCAGUAAUUGGAAGGUUUAUUCUAGUGACUGGGGCUUAAGACCCCUGUCUUAAAAACUGGCCACUGAGUAUGAAAGUCCCGUUAAAUUCUUGCCCAUAAAUGCUUUUGCUGCUAUCCUUUGCCCCUACUUUCCACAAGAUCCAAUCAGGAAUCCUGCAUCCUAGGACAGCUUGCUUGAGCACACUGGGCCAGGAGGGAGGGAAAAGAAAAAGAGGAUAGUACUCCUCCACACUCUUUCCCUCUUGUCCCCAUGCUAGCAGCUUGGACCAGAUGCCAGCCACUGGGCUUCCUUCCUGAUGCAGGAAGUGUGUGGUACCUGGCUAGUGUUAUGUCCUCACUGCUAGAGGGAUGAGGAGGUGGGCUCAAAACCAUGCACUCUGAAAUUCGUUGUAUUUUUUUUCCCCUCAGUAAAGCUUUUCCCCCCGAC